AUGUUCCAAACACGCCAAAGCACAAAUAACAACAAGAAGUGGAAGUAUCUUCCAUGGUUUGAGUCUUGGAUGCUCAAUGAAAGAAUUAUUCCGGCUACUUGGAAUGUACUCACUCAUCUGGGUCAGUUUUUAUUUAUUGCCUAUGUGAAAUGAAAGGAAAAGUCGGAGAGUUUCACGAAAAAAGGAUUUUUCAUAAUCCGAAAAAUUAUAGGCGUCCCUCAGAAAUAUUUUUUUUUAAAAAAAGGGGGGGGGUAAGACGACAAAAUUUUUUUGCUCAAAAGAUCGGGCUCCUUUUGAAUAGUAAAAGCCCCAUGGGAUUUUUUCUCAAAUAGUUGAUAAAUCACGUGUAAAUGGCGAAUUUCCGAUUUUCCGUGUGUCAUCUUUUCGGCCUAACUCUUUCUUUUGUGAGUUGAUUAAUUUUCAGAUUUGACAUCGAUGCAAUCGCUGGUUAUUAUGGAAUUACCCGUGAACGUGUGGAAGGAUUUAUCGAUCGAUUUGUCGGUCCUGAUUUCGAGUGAGUGAAACAGUUUUAAAAAUUUAAAAAGCUUACUGAAUUACAGAAAUCGGCAACAACCAUGGUUAA